UGUCUGACUGACGACUGUUGGAGUUACCUGAAGUCGGCGGACAACACUGGGUUGUGGAAUUUGUUCUGCUACCGGCAUGACCGGCAACAACUGCUGUCACUGUCAGUUUCAAAGAUAGAGUCAAGACUUCGGCUUCGGUUUUUACCGCAACUACAACCGAGCGACGGGCCGACAUUCACGGACGGAGCACCGGCAAACAGCUGAGACUAUCUUUUUUUAGCUAGACAACAACUGCCAUUCACACAAGCAGAGACCAUGGAAAGAUAGGAGAUUUUUUUAACUGAAGUCCGAACACAUUGAAUUCGCAGUUCUCUUUUUUUGGUCAAGGCGUUUCAUCACAAAACUUGUAAAGAUGGAGAUGCUUAUAAUGGCCUCGGGAGGCCUUAAAUCCAUCGCGUCUACGCUGGGAUACAUGGACGGUGAUCAGUACAUCUUGUCGGAAUACUGUGAAGAUGUACUUGAGGAGAUGCUGGACAGUCUUAAACAUGAGAACAAGGUGACAAGACCAGUUCGGCUCAACAUUGGCGGCUCCACGGUUCUUGAAUCGGAUUUAUUACACAUUCUCUCUGCUGCAGAAGAUGAUCUUGAAGUCUUUCGAUCAGUCCUCAAAUUGUUAGUGAACCUCUCCAUGCCCCUGGAGCUGAUACUACCCGUGCAUCCCAACAUGACCAAGACAGACUGGCAGCAACGUCACACACUCCAGGCCAUGCUCCUCACUAUCAAAAAACAUUUCAUCCAAGAGAAGCCUGUACGGGCCAUCGUCGAGCAGAUGAGCACCCACUUGGAACACCAUGGGGCGUAUCGAAUGGACAAAGACUCCAUGGUCUUAAUGAAUGACUGCUUGGUGUUAAUACGCAAUAUUCUUCAUAUUGAGGAAAAUGCAGGAGAGGAAAGCAAUCAUAUAAUAGUCAGGCACAUGCUGGAUAGCAAGAUCGGAGACGUUAUUCACAGUAUGCUCGACAGAGACGAAGCCGAAACAUGGAUUGCUCCGAUGGUACAGGUUAUUCGACUGAUUUUAAGGGAUCAGACGUCUCAAGACUUGGUCAAACAGGCGGUCAAACUCUACGAGAAAGGAACACUAUUCACAACCGACGACCCGAAACAAACUCCCGAAGAAAAAGCGGACGUUGAGGUCGGGGACAAACCAUCUCCCUGGACGUCCAUAUGGGAGAAGGGUCCUUCUGGGCUCCAGCAUCGCUCUCUCUUCCUGCUUCCACCGAUAGCGGGAGCCCAAGUCGCGAGUGACAGCGGAUGCGACUCUGGCUGCAACGUCCUCUCCGAUUUUGAGAGAAGCUCCAAGGCAGGUGGAAGUUCGUCGUCCAAAUCGGAGCAGGACCUUAAGGGAAACAUUUAUCUGACACAGUCUGCUGUCGAUGAGAAGUCCUCGAGCAGUGGCUGCGACUCAUCGUCAUAUACCUCGCAGUCCUCUGGCGAUUCACCAUCCCGGAGUGUUUCUCUGAAGCAAGAUAUGUCAUCAUCUUCAGACAGCUCAACGCCUUCAGAAUCUUCAUUAACAUCUGAUGCGUCACCACCUCAAGACGUAUCGCCACCAGAAGAUGGAUCACUGUCGUUAGGUGCUUCCCUCUCACCAGAAGCUUCCACGUCACCCUCUUCAGUUUCCUCGCUUUUAUCUGAGCCCUACGGGUAUCAAGAUUCUCCUGGGGGUUCUCCAGCUGGAAUGUCCCUCCAAGGCACCCCUUGGACUGUCUCUGGUAUUAGCGGGUUCCCACGAUGCACAGAAACGACGUUGGAAAGGACCGUGGGAGAUGCGCCUGAUUUGACGAGGGAUGGAGAGACGUCGGAAAACCCUUGCAGAACCUCUGCGAGCCAAAUGUCUGAAGAGGAUGAUAGCUGUAGUAGGGCAUCUGGCAAUGGCUCAACUUUCAGCAGAUCAUCUGAGAAUGGGUCUUCCUCUAGUGGAUCAUCAGAGACUGGAUCAUUCACUAGCUCUACCGUAGUGUCGGAGGUCACUCGUCAAAAGGAAGCCCUUAAGAAUCUACUCUGCAAGUUUGCUAUUCGUUUCUGUCAACACGGACUGAACCGAUGCAUUAUUUUGUGCCAGGAUAACAUGCUGCAGCAUUUGAACGACUGUUAUGUCCUUUGGUGUAUGUCCUACUUCCUGCCGUUCUCCACUUUACCAUGUGUCAGCUACAACGAUGUCAGGCAUAAUCUGUCCUCGAUGGUCGUAACAUACCUCAUCUACAUCACCCUGAACACCUGGGAGAGCUUCACCAUGGCAACCAACAAUGCUAGUGACAGCAAGUCAAAUAUCCUCUUCAGAAGAUUGUACCUACUGGUCGCCAGUCUAAGACAGAUUCUGACGACGGCGCGUCGAUUCAUGGAGCAGGAUUUACAGCCCGACGAAAAGGAGCAUCUGCACAUUUUUAUCAAAUGCCUGUGCCAGCUCGAAGGAAUCCGAAAACUCUAUGUGCUGCUCCUGCGCAAAUUCCGUCCCAAGAAUGAGUCCAUCCAGUACUUGAGGGCGCUAGUCGUCGGUAACGACGAGUUGCUGCGAAUUAUUUCCAGCAAGGAUGCCUACGCCAUUCCAGGGAUCAAUCACAUCAACUGUGAAGAGCACGUCAGACAGCUCGCAAGUCGCCAGGUCCUCCUGACCUACAACGAGCUACUGCAGAAGUUUAACAGCAACACCAGGGAAGAGAACGAGGCCGUCUUUACUCUGAUGUACCACACGGCGGUCGAUCUGAACAACCCCAAGCUGGUUUACCAGCUGCUGAUCCUCGACACCUUCGCUGACCUCUGGGAGCAAGGUCCAAAAGACUGCAUCUCACAGAGUUCUUGGAACCUGAUCGAUUACAUCGUGGGUCGGUUUACAGAGAGCAGUCGAAACAACCCGGACAUCUUCCUCAAUCAGACCAUGACAACGUCCAGCAGAAAAAGAAUGUAUGUAGAGUUAACGUCAGAGGAUACAUGUACGUCGGAGGAUCUAUCGAAGGACGAGUUUUCAUGCCUAGCGAUGAAACCACCGUUAUCAAAGAGAUUGCGAGAUGGUGUAUUCAUUCACACGGUACAGAGCAGUAGCAGCGAAGACGAGUCUGCUGAGAAACACCACGUAAAGAGUAACCUACAGACAUGUAUCAAGUCACUCACCAUCAAAGGGUACAAACCUCAGAUUCGUGCCUUGCAGAAACUGCUUCUAGAGACAUGCUAUGCCAAGCUUGCUUGCCCGAAGACAGAAGUUGUUGAACCACUGGUUUGGCUGAAUCACAUCCAAAUGAAGUCUGUGCCGCUGUUCACCUACUCCCAGGCCGACGAGAUGGCCAAUGACGACCCCCACUUCCAAGAAGUCUUGCAGCAUCUUGGUCUGCAUAGUUCAAAGGAUUCCCAACACCUGUUCCCAUCCAUCCCGGCCUUCUGGACGGCUGAGAUGUGCUUCAGUGCUGCCUCCAUGCUUGGCGAGAUCCAAUGCGAUAAACUGAAAUUCGCAAUGACGCCAGAGGGUGAGCUGAUGAGUGAGUACCUGGAGGUACAGACGCCAGGAGUGACCAACCAUCCGAGCUGGCCCGAGGAUGAUGAUGUGGAAGAACAACCCGAAGAGAAACCAUCCACCUCAAGGCCAAUGAACCGCAUCUCUACACUUCCGAGGAACAUGUGGCUAAGUGUGAUCCAGCAACUGAACGCAGACAAAGAAGAGAAAAGCUAGAUGGGGGAAUGUUGACGUCUGUUUUACCAAACCUAACCCACCAAGUCCACUAUUUCCCGCCUUCAUGCAUCACUGCUGAUCCACCGCCCAGUACUUAAGCAGCAUGCAGCAUCAGAGUCCAGCA